CGGGAGGACGGUCUGAACCCAGGGAUGUUGUGAUAUCUGCUCUGCUGGCUCCUGACUCUUUGUGUGUCUGCUGAUCGGAGCUGGGGGGGGUGCGGAUGCUGCGCUGCUGCUGACUCGUGAUGCUGAACACAGGCCAUACCCAUCAAACCCGUAGAGUGAUAGCGGAAAAACGAUAAAUCGGGAGAAACAAAUAUCAACAGGCCAGUUUGAUCCAGUGUGCAGGACGGGGACCGGAGGCUGUGUGAGGCGGGAUGUUCUGAUCGGAGAGCGGGAUGAAGGCUCCGCGCAGACCGAGGCAGACGCGGCUCCUCCCGCGGCUCUGCGUCUGUGGGGUCGGUCUGCUCGCAGCCGCCUGGAUCUUUAACCUCAAUCAUGUUACAGGUUCUCAUGCACCCACUGUGGAUCAUGACAUCUCCAAGAGAGAGCUCACCCAGCAAGAAGAAGAGAGCAAUCAGACUGAGAUUAUUACUAAAUCUGCCAUCAGUGAUUUUCCUGAAGACAUCUUCAGUCUGCAGCAGAGGAGACAGGGAGCGGUGCUCCUCCAUGUUCUCUGUGCUAUGUACAUGUUUUAUGCGCUGGCCAUCGUGUGUGAUGUUUACUUUGUGCCAUCACUGGAAAAAAUAUCAGAGAACCUUCAGCUCAGCCAAGAUGUUGCCGGGGCAACUUUCAUGGCAGCUGGAAGCUCCGCCCCCGAGCUCUUCACCUCUCUGAUUGGGGUGUUUAUUACAAAAGGAGACGUGGGUGUGGGAACUAUCGUGGGCUCAGCUGUCUUUAACAUCCUCGUCAUCAUCGGCCUCUGCGGCAUCUUCGCUGGACAGCCCAUCACUCUGAGCUGGUGGCCUUUGUUUCGGGAUGCUUUCUUCUACAUCCUGUCCAUAUUGGUGCUUAUCCUGGUGAUCUACGAUGAAAAAGUCAUGUGGUGGGAGACCAUCAUCCUGAUGUCCAUGUAUGGAGUCUACAUAAUCAUCAUGAAGUUCAACAGUUGUCUGUGCAGCUGGGUGGAGAGACGCUUCAGCCGGGGGGGUCAGCCGUGUCUCAGCAGCCUGCGGCGGGGGGCGGCUGUCGGUAACCUCGGAGACUGCGACAACGACAUGGUGCCGCUGAAGCCAGAUUCCUGUGUGGCGGCCGGCCAGGACCCCGGGGUGGUGAUGGUGGACGAGCUGCUGAACCUGCACCCCCACCAGCUCUCCUUCUCAGAGGCAAGCCUCCGCCUUCUCAUCACCCCGCAUUUCCCCCCCUUCACCCGCCUGGGCAUGGCAGGACGCAUGGUCAUCAGCGAGAGGCAGAGGCUGAUUCAGGCCCGGGGGGGCUCAGUGGAGGGGGGGGCGUCAGGGGAGGAAGGUCUGGGUGCUAACGGGGCGUGGGGGAGAGAGAACGGGGCGGCGACUGAGUGGGACAGGCAGCCGCUGGAAGGGGAGACAGGUAAAGAAACGGAGGGGGAGACAGGUGGAGGAGCGCAGCCCAAAGAGGAAGAGGAGGAGGAGGAAGAGCAGGAGGAAGGAGAGGAGGAGGAGGACGCUCCUCUAAAACCCUUCGUUGUGCCAAAGGGUGUGUGUCUGCGGCUGAGGUGGCUCCUCUCCUGGCCCCUCAGCGUCCUGCUCUACUUCACCAUCCCCGACUGCAGCCUGCCGCGCUGGGAGCGCUGGUACCUGCUCAGCUUCCUGUCCUCCACGCUCUGGAUCGCGCUCUACUCCUACCUCAUGGUCUGGAUGAUGACCAUAAUCAGCAACACACUUGGAAUCCCAGAAGUCCUCAUGGGCAUCACUUUCCUGGCCGCCGGCACCAGCGUCCCUGACUGCCUGGCCAGCCUCAUCGUCGCCCGACAAGGGAUGGGCGACAUGGCCGUGUCCAACUCGAUUGGCAGUAACAUCUUCGAUGUGCUGCUGGGCCUGGGCUUCCCCUGGGCGCUGAGGACUCUCAUCGUCAGCUACGGAUCAGUGGUGACGAUCAACAGCAGAGGCCUGGUGUACUCCGUGAUCCUGCUGCUGGCCUCAGUCGUGCUCACUGUCCUGUGUGUCCAUCUGAACGGCUGGAAGUUGGACCGCCGGCUGGGCUUCUGUCUCAUUCUGCUGUACGUCCUCUUCCUCCUCUGCUCUGUCGGCUUCGAGAGGCUGUAGAGGAACUCCUCGUACACACACCCCCACACAGCCACACAAAGGACGCACACACAACUGGUCCAACUUGUUUUCCAGCUUCACUUGCUGCCAUUCUUCAUCAAUGUAGAGAUGGGCGAAUUUUUUUUUUUUCACUUUGCGGUGGCUGUACAUGUUUAAGCAGCAUUACUAUGACACCGGCUUCCUGAAGGCGACAUGUUUACCUUUGAUAACUGAGUAUUUUACAGUUUUGUACCGAGCAUCUGCAGCCCAGACCCAAAUGCAUUAUGCACUACUCAAAACUAAUGUAUUGCGUUUUUAUUCUGACACCAAGAAUAGUGUGAGAAACCCCAGUGUGCUAGUUUACUUAUUAAUACUCAACGACUGCCACAAGUAACCUCAUAUGAUGACACAUGUAAGCUUAUAUAGUGGCUUCUCAGUGCAUGAACUUAUUUUAUGUUUUCAUCGCGCCUUUGUGUCUGUCGUUGUACUCAGCGUAGCAUGGCUGAUCAUCACGCUCCAGAUAAUUGCACUAAGCCACUGUUGUCUUUGCCCCCCCCUCUCUCUCUCUCUCUGUCCUCAAAGCUUCUCAGCAUAGAAUUUGUGUUUUUGUGCUGGAACAAAAGCGACUAUAUGCUACAAGGUGUUUUUGAAUGUCUGUGUCUGGAGAAAGUCUUUGAGUGUGUGUGCUGUUGAGUGAAAUAAAAAAUGUUGUUGUUC